GCCCCUGACCGCAUCGCUCCAAUGGAUUGCGCAAAAGUGCCACGUACUCAAGUACUCAACACGUAUGUACUAUACUAGUUGGCAUGCGUCUUAGCACGCCGUUUGCUUGCAGUUUAUAUAUGCUGAGAUCAUCAUCAUACUGGUUGGCACCUCUCGCGUGUUGUCAGCAACGCCCAUAUCUAGUCGAAUCUGUUCUCCCUGACCGCCGCCUAGACGAUGGUGCAAAAUACUCAGGCUGCCGCAGGCGUCGCGACAAGCUCGCUGCGAGCGCGAUCUCCGCACCCUGCAGAGACACCAACAACCAAAACACAACAGGGCUCUGAGUCCAUUGAGCUCGCCGACCUGCGCACCAAUGAGGACAGGUCAUCAGAUUCAAAGCAAGAUGGGACCGCAACUUCACAGGCCGCGGGGAGUCUAUCCGAAGUGGACCCGCGCAUUUUGCGCCGGAAAGCGAAUAUUCAUUUCGCUGCUAUGUGCUGGUCGAUGUUCCUGGCGGGUUGGAACGACGGAACGACGGGUCCUUUACUGCCCCGCAUACAGGAGGUGUACCAUGUAAAUUUUACGAUAGUGUCCCUCAUCUUCGUCUUCGCCUGCUUGGGUUUCAUCACCGCCGCAGCUGCGAACGUCGCCUUGACAGACCGCUACGGAUUUGGCUGGGUCAUGGUAAUAGGUUCGAUCGCUCAAAUGGUAGGGUAUGCAUUUGAGGCAUCCGCCCCGCCGUUCCCCGUCUUCGUAUUGGGUUAUUGCAUCAAUGGGUUCGGCAUGUCGCUCCAGGAUGCAGGAGCAAACGGCUAUGUCAGCAGUUGGAACGAGGCCACCGAGACCAAGAUGGGCAUCAUGCACGCGGUAUAUGGACUUGGCGGACUCUGCUCUCCCCUGGUCGCAACUCAGUUCUCCGGGCAGCGUCACUGGUCAUUCCACUACUUGACGUCGCUGGGAGUCGCUUCCAUUAACACCGCUGUCCUGGUAGCAGUGCUCCGCUUCCGGAAUCAGGAUGAAUGCCUCGCCGAGAUCGGACAACAACCGCCAGAGACGACGUCGGGGAGUAACGAAGGGAAGUAUAGACAGAUCUUCCGCCUGCGCGCCCUCCAUCUCCUUGCGUUGUUCAUCUUCAUAUAUGUCGGUAUCGAAGUUACUGUCGGAGGAUGGAUCGUCACGUACGUAAUUGAUGUACGCGCCGGCGGCCCGUCCUCUGGUUAUAUUUCGUCUGGUUUCUUCGGAGGGCUGACCCUCGGUCGCGUCGCCCUUCUCUGGGUAAACAAGGCGGUCGGCGAGCGCUAUGUCAUCUUCAUCUACGUCCUCCUCGCCAUCGGGCUCGAGCUCAUCGUCUGGUUCGUGCCUUCGCUCAUCGGGGGCGCCGUCGCCGUCGCCUUCGUCGGCGUCGUCUUAGGGCCCAUCUACCCGAUCGUGAUGAACCAUUCAGGGCGCAUCCUCCCGCCGUGGCUCCUCACGGGCUGCAUCGGAUGGAUCGCGGGCUUCGGCCAAGCGGGCAGCGCGUUCCUGCCGUUCUUGACGGGCUUGCUGGCCAGCAGGGAGGGAAUAAAGACUCUGCAGCCGUUGUUGGUGUCGAUGAUGGGUUUCCUGUUCUGCUUGUGGGCGAUCGUGCCGAAUCAUGCGCGCAAAGUUGAUUGAUCAUGGGAAGAUUGGGUACCCUGUAUUUUAACCUUUGGGCAGGCGUAGACCAAAUCGUGCAUGCAGUACGCAGGCGACACUACGAAUGUGACUAUGGGUGUCCACCAGAUGUAUUUGGGACCCGUGGCCUGUUGACAUGUGUCUUGGAAAACGGUUCAGUAAUUCGCUUCUUGCUUGCUUGUGCCGUAUGUAGGCUCCGACAUUACUGAGCUAUCUCACCGCCGUUGAGUAGGAAAGGGCCGCCGAUGGCGUCGUGCGAAAUGCUC